AUGUCUUCCAUCAAGCCCAACCCCAUCAUGCAGGCUGCCGCUGCCGCUUUCUCUGCAAAGAUACAGAAACGUGAAGACGCCUUCUACGAGCCGAGAAAACAGGAUUACUAUUGCGUCUCGCCAGAUGAUGACUGGGUACCAGCGGCAUCCGGUGAAUCUCCUCCGAAAGAUGAAUCACAACCACCUGUACACCCCACAAAGAUCCGACUGAUCUCCUGGAACAUUGACAUCCUCGUUCCAUUCGCAGAAGAGCGUAUGAGCGCCGCGCUAGAUCAUCUGUAUGAUGUGGUAUCGUUGACGGAGCCAGAGUCCGCAAUCAUUAUAUUCUUCCAAGAGAUGGGAGUGUCGGACAUGGAACAAAUACGAGAUUCGGCCUGGGUCAAGCAACGCUUCAACCUCACAGAUAUCGACUCACGGAACUGGUUAGGGCCUCAUUACGGGACUACAACCCUUGUAGAUCGGCGGUUGUAUAUAGAUUCUGUUUUCCGAGUUCCCUGGUAUAGCAAAUUCGAUCGAGAUGGCCUGUUCGUCGACAUCAUCCUCCAUAACCAGGCUCAUCCCGACGGCCCGCAGAAAACCAUGCGGCUAUGUAACACACAUCUGGAAUCUCUGGUUGCCGACCCACCAGUCCGCCCCAUCCAAAUGAAAGCCGCGAAGCAGUACCUUCAUCUGGAUAGUGUUUCAAGCGCAAUUCUAGCUGGUGAUCUCAACGCCAUUCAGCCCUUUGAUCGUACGCUGCACGAAGAAAAUAAUCUCAACGAUGCUUAUCUUCUAAUUGGCGGCGAAGGAGCCGGCCCUGGUGAAGAGGAUAGUGACAAUGGGUACACGUGGGGUUACCAGGUUCCACAGGCCAUGAGAGAUAGAUUUGGAUGCAGUAGAAUGGAUAAGAUCUUUUUUACCGGAUCUCUAAAUCCAAUCAAGUUUCGAAGGAUCGGCAUGGACGUCAAAGCAGCAGAAGAGCAUAGACAAAUGAUGAUGGAGGCUGGAGAGCUGGAUUGGGUUUCGGAUCAUUACGGCGUGAUGUGUGACUUCGUUCUCACUGCAGGUGAGCAGUUGGUGGAACAAGAACACGAAGGCGAAUAA